AGAGAUACUGCCCUCUGUAGUGAACGGCGGGAAUUACACGUCUCUACAGAAACUGGGUGCAAAAUACAUACCGCCUUUCGGGUUGAAAAUAAAUAACUUCUAUCAUUAAAAUCAUGCAAGUUUGUAAAUCGUACUUUCCCAAGGAGAUACUAAACAAUAACAAAAACGUUGGUUACGCUUCUUAAAUGUAAUAUUGGCAGAGGAAUCAUCUGGUGCCUAAAAAAUGCUUGGGUUUCAAGAAACAAGAUCUACUGGAAGUCCUAAAACAUACAGUUGUGUGGCAUGUUCAGCUACUUUUCAUAAUUUGGCAUCACUCCUGGUGCACCAAGCGUCUCAUGCAAGUGAUAUCUCUCAACAGCCAGAAUCAGCAUUACCUACUUGUGUCAGCUGUGGAAGCUUAUUUACAAGCCAAGAUCUCCUUGAAAAACACCACUGUGCAAUGUUGCCCACUCCAGCAUCUCCAGUCCACACCUGCAUAUGUGACUGUGGCGAGGAGUUUAGUGAUCUUACAGCUCUUGAAGACCACAAAAAGCAACAUGGGUCAGAAGACAAGGUCAAAUCAGAUUUGGAGAGUAUUCCAGUUGUGCCAGAUAACAAAACAGCCUCCAGCCAUCCUAUCUCAGACCAAGUUUUUCACAGUCUUUUGCCAUCCCAUUCCCAUGAAAAACCCCUUGCACAAAAUCCACCUUCUACUUCAAACAUUGACAUCAAGAAGAACAAAUCCAAUGAAUCUGCAGACAUGAACGGCAACAAAUCUGCAGACAUGGACGGCAACAAAUCUGCAGACAUGGAUGGCAACAAAUCUGCAGACAUGGAUGGCAACAAAUCUGCAGACAUGGACGGCAACAAAUCUGCAGACAUGAAAAACAAUGAAUCUGCAGACAUGGGUGACAAUGAAUCUGCAUAUAUGGACAGCUACGAAUCUGCAGACAUGAAAAGCAACGAAUCUGCAAAAAUGGACGGCAACGAAUCUGCAGAUAUGGAUGGCAACGAAUCUGCAGACAUAGACAGCAACAUCUUGAAGCCAUCUGAAUCCCACAGUGUUACCGAAGAGCAAGUGCAGUUACCUGAACAGGACAAUGAUGCUUUACCAUCCUCCAACGUGGUAAACAACUCUGUGCAAGACAAUGAGAAAUCACCAGAAUCUAGUGAAGAUUCAGCUGCAUUUAAUAAGAAAUCAAUCCUGAAGAUGCUAGCAUCUGCUUACAUGAGUCAUAGACAACCUGUCCAAAUGAAACAGAGGAACUUGCCCCCCAGAAAAGUUUCACCAAGAGCACCAAUGCAACCUGCGAUCAUCAUGACAAUACCAAAACCCAAGCCACUGGAGAAUCAAUCAAAGACAAAAAAAGACAACACCAUGGUUGGAGUGAAAACUGCAAAGAUGUUGCCUAAGAAGAGCAAGAUUAUAUCUGUGACACAAACUCUCUGUCCUGUGGUGGUUCUUGAAACUCGCCAAAAACUUGUUGGCCGGGACAAUGUGGAAGGCAGACAUCAGUGCAGACUCUGCCGUAGGGUUUUCCAAGACGUAGACACCUUGAUAAUGCAUCAUGCCCUGCAUAAAAAAGAACGAGUUAAAUUUUGUCUUUGUUGUCAACAAUUUGUGAUAACCAUAAUCUCCGUCCCAGAAAGCCAUGUCUGCUAUGAUGGAUUUUCUAGAAACCAUCAACCUUUGAUGGGAAAAAUGUCUCUGAAACCAAUCAGCCCUACAGAUCAACAGGCAGAAAAAAUGUUCUACUGUUCUUUAUGCAAGCGUGGCUACACACGCAUACGCAGCCUCAAAAAGCACAACUGUCCCUGUAAAAAUUCUCUGAAAUCCCCGACCACUGUAGGCACCAGCGGUAAUGUCAAACUUCAAAAUUUGGAGGAGUGCAAUAGAGCUUUCCUAAACUCGAAAACAAAUCAAAUGUCAACACAGCAUAUAGAUAUUGGUGUAGGCACGGAGUCGGUAAAGAUUGAGGAACAGACCACAGAACUUCCUAUCGGCAAAAAAGAUCAGACUGGGCUGAAGAUGCAGCUGAAGGACCAGUUAAAUCCCCCGAAAACCCUUGAAUCCGUCUUUGCCAGUGUUUCUAACGCCAAACCAACUGAACCAACUAAAAACUCAGUUGAAUUACCAGCCAACAUAGGUGAUGUAAAACAAGAGGAAAGUGAUAAAUUGGUUGAAAAGCAGUGGACCAUGCCUUUGGAUGAUGCUGAAAUUGAUGUACUAAUAGAUGUGGAUCAAAAGGACUCAGAUGAGGACGAUUUGACAGAUGUGGUAGGAGACGACUGCGAUGAAGCUGAGGAUGAUGUCAUUGUAGAGCCUCAUGAGGACAUGGAAAUGAAGUCAGCAGUACCUAGUAAUGGCUUUCAGGUGCAUGUGACUAACAAAGGCUUGAAAAGGUUUGUUUGCAACGGGUGCCAGAGAAGCUAUUCCCGCCUGUUUACUCUAAAGGAGCAUUUGAGGUUUUGUGAUGCAAGAGAGUUAAAGCUGCCAAAUGUUACAUCAUCCAAUACGGCUGGGCCGAUUAAAAGGUUUCCAUGUCCUCAGUGUGGUAAGUUCUUUAGCCGCAAAGACAAUAUGAAUAUGCAUCAAAGGAAGUGCCAUCCUGCAACAAACACUGAUUCAGUAGUAAGUAACAGAACAGUGGAGCCUAAAACACCUGUAGCUCAGGAAAACUUAUUCGUCCUGUCACCAUCUACAGAAAGUCAAGCAGUCCGUCAAGAAAGCACUCCGAAUACUAGCAGUAACAGAAACUGGGGGAUCAUGUCACUUCCAUCUGUGCUCCCAAGAAGAGUGACGUGCGAAUGCGGAUCCUCGUUCACUUGUCCUCGACUUCUCUUCGAACACCUGCAACAGCAUGCGCAGGAGUCCUACAUUUGUCCACACUGUGGUGAGAACCUACAAUCAUGGAUGGAUUUUGAGGCACAUCAGCAGUUGCACCAAGCUCAGAGCUCUUCAAGUGAGCAAAGAGCUGCCCAGCAGCAACCUCAUUCAUUUUCCCAAGCGCAACCAUCCCGUGCUCUGACUCGGCCGCAACAGUCUCCAGGUUUUCCUGAGCAUAACAUAAAAGCCCAACUGCCUGGACUCUUGGCACCUCAACAUUUGAACAAUAGGCCAAUUCCUGAGGCUCUGACUUGCAAUAAAUGCAAAAAGAACUUCAGUCUCCGCAGAAACUUGUUAAGACACAUACGGUUGCGUUGUAAUGGCGAUACUGCAGAUCAGAAGAAUCACACCUGCUCUCGUUGUGGUACAACAUUCCAAAGCCCAUUGAUGCUUAAAAUUCACAUUCAAAGCAAUACAUGUAAACCUGCAUUUAAACCGAUUCGGUGCCCGGUGUGUGUGCGUUGGUUCAGUUGUCUAGAUGGGCUCAAGAGACACCUGGUCUCACACAGCAGGCAGUCCGUCUUAACAUGUCAGAUUUGUGACCAGAACUGUCCAACCCCUCAGGCACUCGAGGAGCAUAAAAGAAACGUUCAUCGACUCAACAGCGGAAUGAGGCCAGCGGAGAAUGCACAACAACAGCUGCAUCAAGCUGGUGCACAAACCAGUCCAUCUACUCCUACUCCUUUUCAAUGUCACAUUUGUCUUCGCUACUAUCCAAAGCUUCAGUCCCUGAAGGAUCACUUGAGGAAAGUUCAUCGGCCAAAACAGCCGAAACAAACAAAUCGGAGUACCAUAGAACCGGUCCGUUCUGGACCGUUUCAAUGUCAGAUAUGUGACCGCUUCUAUCCUAACAUUAAAUCUCUGAAAAACCACAGAAGAAGAGUGCAUCACAUUGUGGGUGGUGUGUUUCUGCCAUCAAAGGGAACGGAGCAAAACAUCACUCCCAGUCAUUUUCAGUGUCACAUUUGCCCAGGCAGCUAUCCAGAUGAACAGUCCCUCCGAAACCACAGAAGGAGGGUCCAUCAAAUAGUGGAAGGUCAGGACCUGUCGAGGGGAAUCACUCAACACAUUCUAUACAAGUGUCAGAUUUGCCAGCGCGGCUAUCCUGAUGCAGUGUCCCUUAGAAAUCAUAGGAGGAGAGUUCAUCGUAUAUUAGGGCCAGUGCCUGAAACGCCACCACCACCACCACCACCACCACCAACAACAACAACAACAAAUAAUGACACAGAAGAUGUUCUAGAGCAGAAACCGAUACCUUUCCUGUGAACGGUGUUCAUGCUUUCAUAAAAGGUGGAUCUGCUGCUUACGUUUAUUGCUGUAUAUGCAAAAAAAAAAAGUCAUAAGGCAGCAUCUGUUGAGUAUAUUAUACCAUUUAGUAGAAGACAAAUAAUUUUGAAUAGUUCAAGUGUCAUAUCUGAUCAGUAGUGUAACAGUUUUUUUGUUGUUGUUAAUACAUUGUUUAGCUUACUCUGUAUUUCAUUGAUGCUGCCUUAAUUUAAUUCAUCUAUUAAAUACAGACCCCCCCCCCAAUACAAACAGAAAGAUUUUUGGCGAAUGCACUGUAUAAAUGUAAAAUAGAACAGUUGAUGGCUGUUUUUAAGGUAGCCAAUGUGUAUUAGUGUACUGUAAAUACAUUUUGUCCUACGUUGCAUCAAUAAACACAAUGGUGACAUCUUU